AAACUUUUAAGGGAACUUUUAAGGAAUUAUUGUAAUUUUCCUCCUGAAGGUUUUGCAAAUUUUCAGAAAUUUGGGGAAUUUUUUUGCAGAAUUUUUGCAUUUUUUUCAGACAAGGAAACAAUAUUUUUUUGGUGCCCGUAAAUGAGGACAACAGGAGGGUUAAGCAGAAAAAAUCUGCAGAAUGACAGUUUUUUUUGUUUUUUUGUUUUUUUUACAGUGUAGUUUUUGGAAACUCGUUUCCAAGCAUGAAGACAUGAGUGAGGCAUGUCUGAGGUGACGUGACUCAGACUUACCAGAAUGCAGCUGCUCUGUUUCCUCCUCAGAACUCCUCAUGGAUUUCACAAUCGUUCUGAACUCGGCAGCAGAUGGAUUUCCAAAGCUCAGAAUCAGAGUGGACUCCAGGGAGGAACCUGAGACUUUCUCCUGUUUGACUCCUGAUCCCGUCACACCUCCUCAUGUCAGCGUUUGUGUUUUCCUUCUAGCAAAACCUCAGGAAUUCUCCCUUCACUGACUGGAGCUUACGGCCACAGGUAUCUCACCUGAUCACAGGAGUUUUUCCGCUGAGGACGAACAACAACAAACAGCAGAGGAUUAGAAUGAUCUCAUGGCUGUUAAUCAUCUCACUGCUCUGUCUGAAGGUACGAAGUGGAAAUGGACAAGAAAAAGGUGUUUCACACUGUGGACCUCAGAAUAUGACUCUUUCCAGCUCCGACCAGAAGCUGCUGUUAACGUGGGAAGACGAACCUUCGUGUUCGGCAUUAAAAGAUGCCGUCGUCUACGAGCUGCUGGUUCUCAUCGCGGAUAAACAAGAACAUCAUGAUAACGUUGUGGUGACACAUGACCAGACUGGAUCGACUCACUCCUGGAACUGGACGUCGUAUUUGCCGUUGGAGUGCGCUACUCAUUCAGUCUGGCUCAGGUCCCGAUACAACAACCAGACAAGCCCAUGGGUGAAAGAAAAGGCCCUUCCUGAGAACCAACGCUCAAAAAGAUUUGAGGUCUACCCACGAGACGGAGCGUUCGAAGCUGGUAGUACUGCCACCUUCUGUUGUAUUCUGCCUGCAGGGGAACGCUUUCAUAAAAUGUACCUGAGUGGUUAUAAUGGUGUGAACAUGAGGAGCACCAGGAUCAGCAACCAGACCUACGCUCUGACUCUCAACCUGAACGAGGCGUCAAACGUCUGCAUCGAUGUCAAAUGUAAAACUAACAGAACCACCUAUGGGGCUUGUGCUUUCGUUGGCUACCCGCCUGGUGACAAAGAUCUUCAGUGUGAAACUCAGGAUCUGAAAUCAGUCGAAUGUCGCUGGACGGUAGGAAGAAACACACAGUUCUGGAGUCGAACCAAGUAUCAGCUACAGGGAAGUCCCUGUCCAGACGGAUCUAAAGGCAGAUGCUCUCUAAAGAUGCUGGUUAAAGCUGGAGAGACAAACUGGACUUUAACGGCAAGUAAUCGUCUUGGAACGGUGGAGCUUCAUGACAGGGCAGACCUGACCAAAAGAGUGCGAAUGUUUGCUCCAGAAGAAGUAACGGCUUCAACUAUUAACUCCAGAAACGUCAGUCUGAAGUGGAGGUGGACUGUAGAUGAGUACGAGCAUCUCAAUCUGACCUGUGAAGUUCAAGGUGUCCAUGGUGAAACAAGCAGCACAAGUAAAACCUCUGGAGUUGGUCUCAACGCUGCAGUUUUAACUGACCUGAUGCCAAACUGGACGUAUGAAGUGACGGUGAGAUGCAGAACAGAAACCUGGAGAUGGGGCAACUGGAGCAGAGGACUCGAUUUCCACACCAAGGGUGACGUUCCAGAUGCUCUCGAUGUUUGGAUGCAGAUGAAGGAGAACCAGGUUGUAGUCGUCUGGAAGAUGCCACUGACCAAUCAGAGCCAUGGCGAGAUCACUGACUAUGAAGUUACCUGGGCAAACACCACAACCAGAGUACCUCCCAGUGAACACAGUCUAACCCUCCGCCUGGACACCAGUGAAGAACACAACAUCACGGUCACAGCCUGGAAUAUAAACGGCAGCUCAUCGCCUUCAACCGUCACCACCCCCAACAUCAGUCCAGAUGGAACCAGAGUGAACUCUUCUUGGAUCACUGGCAGUAACGGCAGCUUCAUGCUGUCCUGGCCUGUCAGUCCUGCAUCCAGCUGUGGUUACAUCAUUGACUGGUGUCCGACUCUUGACUGUCAAACUGUGGAUUGGAUCAAAGUUCCUGCCAACAGCACUAAUGUCACCAUAUUUUCUAAAAGCUUCAGAGAUGGACUGAGGUAUUCGUUGUCCAUUUAUGCCUGUACAGAGGGAGCUCCGGUGCUUCUGGAGAGGAGGGAAGGCUACGUCAGAGAGAUAAGAAUCGAGGAGAAGCUGUUUAAAUCUUUAGAAGUCAAACAGCAGGAGAUGGAUGCAGAGGUUUCCUGGGAGAAGAUUCCUGUGAGACAGCAGCCGGCUUUCAUCCGAGGAUUCACGCUGUACUACUGGAACAAGGACAACACGGUGUUCAACGUGAGCACAGACGAUCCUGAAGCCACCAGUCUGACAGCAAGAAACCUGGAGAUCACUUCGUAUACGUUCAUGGUGGCGGCUCGGACGGCACUCGGAGAAUGUGGAAACUCAUCCAUUAUCGUCACCCUGAACUCCCUGACUGAUGACUUGUUCAAGUCCAUCUUCAUAGCUCUUGGUUUGGUUUUGGGUCUUCUAACUCUCACUACUGUCCUCUGCUACAGAAACUGGGCCUGCAUCAAAUAUAAAGUCUAUCCUCCGAUCCCAAAGCCAGUGUUGAUGGACAACUGGUUGACAUCAGCGGUUCACCUGGACCUCCGCAGAGAAGCAGAUGUUUCGGUUAUUCCGGAGCUGCAUCCUAAACCUGGAGUAUCGGGGAAUGAUUACGUUAGCGAGGCGGGCAUGCCUUUUAGUUUCAUACAAACUCCCAAAGGUUACUACAACAAACCCCUGAAGAAGAACACCCCACCACUCCUGAUUCUGCCCUACACAGACGUACCAUCUCCAUCAGGUCCACCGUCUUCUCCGUUCAGAGGUGUGUUUCCCAACCCGUCCUAUGACCCGAUACCUGGGGAUCACUGGUUCAGACCUGAGCUUCUGGAGGGAACACCUGCAAUCCAAACCUCUGAUGGAUACCAUCCUCAGAACCAGGCAGAAACUUUAAUCCCGACAGUAGAUGUUCCACAUGGUCCAGACAGUCCCAUGUCCUGUGAAUCCGCUUACAUUUUACUACCGCAGUUACCUUCCACCUAGCUGCUGCAUGAACAUAUAGUAAAGGUGAAGACAUUAUGCAUUACAGGGUAUUUUAAAGAUAGUACUCUACUGCAGAGUUCAUAAAGCAACGAUCAAUAAAAUCACUCCCAAGAAACCUUAA